AUGCCGACCAUCGGCCCUUCUGUGCUCUUUGCAGCUGGUCUCGCCCUCGGUGUAGGCACUGGCGUGUUGAUCCCUAGGCGAAACAAGCCAGAUGUCUUCACCCCACCUGCACCGCCCAGCGGAGAGAAGCGGGACUUGAGCCCCAUCAAGACUCCCGGUGGAGGGGUGGUCCACCUCCAAGGCGGCUUUCCAGGUCCCAUACCGGACAUUGUCAAGCGAGCCGCAUAUACUGCGGCUUAUGAUAGGCGUAUGAAACACCCGGCAUGGACUGCUGAACACCUGACUGCUGCGUCCCUUUCGCGGACUGCACCGGCAUCCGCCCCAAAUGCUAACCCGAUCCCGCUCGAGACUGCCCGAGCGGCAGAUACGGCGCCCGUGGUUAAGGGUGACAGGUCCAAAAGCACAUUCAUGGAGGAUGCAGACGUUCCCGAGGCGUUCCGAGCGAGAUUACAGGAUUACUUCAAGAGUGGCUAUGAUCGAGGACACAUGGUACCCGCCGCCGACGCCAAAAUCUCCCAGCAAGCCAUGAACGAGACCUUCUACCUCACCAACAUCGCGCCUCAAGUGGGAGAUGGCUUCAACCGGCAUUAUUGGGCAUACCUCGAGGACUUUUGCCGGAGACUGACGACCAACUUUGAGGACGUAUAUGUGUUCACUGUACCACUCUACCUCCCCACCCAACAGCCUGAUGGCAAAUGGCGAGUCACCUACGAAGUGAUCGGCACCCCACCCUCCAUCUCGGUCCCCACCCACUUUGCCAAGGUCAUCCUCGCUUCUCGACCCGACUUUGCCCAUCCACAGACCCCAUCGGCCGACAAAGGCCUCACUUCCAACUCGACAAUCAAGGAGCUGGCAAUGGGAGCGUUCAUCCUCCCCAAUAAGGAGAUUCCGGAUCAGACCGACCUUCGAGCCUUCAUUGCGCCAGUGGAGGCGGUAGAGAAGGCAGCCGGUUUGCAGCUGUUCAAUACGGACUUGAAAGCCAAGUCAAAGCAGCUCUGCGCGGUGACGCAGUGCCAAGUGAUUGUUCGGCGGUUUGACGAUGCGAGGAAGAUCAAAAAGUAG